AUGAGCUCCUCGACGAGACACGCCGACGGUGACACGCCGGAUCUGGUAUGCCAGUUGGACAACGUUCAAGGAAUAGUUGAUGCUCUCACUUCCGUCCGAUGGAAACGCCAUCAGGACGCAGUUGUGGAACUAUCGGAGCACGGAAUCGUGAUAAUCGUGGAGGAAACCGGCUGCCUUCAAGCCAAAGUUUAUUUACAACGAGAGCUUUUCGUGAGGUACGAUUAUAGUGCAGAAGGGAGGCCCCGAUUUGGUGUGAGCUUAGGGCUUUUGGUGGAUUGUAUAAAUACAUUUUCAGUUUCAGGGAAUUCAUCUACUAUCGAGAUUCGUUAUCCAGGGCCUGAUAUGCAACUUCUUCUCAAGUCAGUUGAUUCAUAUGAUGCUUGCAUUUAUGCGGAGGUUAGGACAAGGAUCCCUGACACGAUCUCCUGGGACUACAACUUUGAACCUGCUGCAAAUACUUCUCUCAAUUUUACGGUUAAGUCCGCAUGUCUAAAGGAAGCAAUUGAUGAUCUUGAGUGGCCAGGGUCAAGCAUUCAGAUAAUUCUACAGCCAGAUCCUCCAUGUGUCACCUUUAGAGGUGAAGGCCAUGGUGACUUACAGAUAGACUUCAUGUACUACGCAAACACUGAUCUGUUGAUAGCUUUCAAUUGUGAUCGCCGAGUCUCGCACAGAUACAAGUACAAAUUUCUCCGUGCAACAACCUCAAACAUACCGAGCAGUGUCAUAAAAGAUAAUCGAGGAAGCAAAUUGACGAUUGGAAGGGGUGGAAUGCUGAAGGUUCAGCACCUGGUAUCAGUUGCAAAAUCCUCUAUCGCACAUUCUAAUAUCGAUCCUACUGGCUAUCAGCAACCAAGUCGCAUUGCUUAUAUCGAGUUUUUUGUCAAGCCAGAGGUAGAUGAUGCUGGCGAUGACUAA